UCCCAAGGUCUAGGUUUUUCCUUUCACCGCAAAUUCGGCUGCUUGCUUAAAUGCCAUCUCAAAAUUUACCAACCAAAGGCUACCCACGACUCAUACGGGGGACACAAUCGUAGCGAUUUACUGAAGAAUUUUUCACACAGGAAAUCAAAAUGGCAAACUGGAAGCUCCUGAGAUCAAUGCUCAUUCCCAGGAAUAUGGCACUGGCCGCAGUUCCCAUUGCUGUCAAAUCAAAAGAAACAGAAAAGGAUAAGACAGCAAUUCGACCUAGUGAACUCCCUAUCUACGUGGAUGAAAUUAAAAGACAAGUGGUUCCGGAACAACACAGUGAUGAAGUUAGUUCAAUAGAAGAAGCAGUUGGAACAGUAAGGAAAGAGCUUUGUUCUCUUGUCAGCGAGGUAAACAGCCUUACCAGCAAGGCCUCUUCAGUUGUUAAGGAAAAUAUGGAUGCUUCCAAUGAACUCCUUGAUUAUUUGAAGGAAGAGGAGAAUUUUCUUCCCAGAUCUGGAGCAAUUGCUUUGAGUGGUCUGACAGGUCUUGUCCUUGGUAUACGUAAAGGAUUUUUCAAGCGUCUGAUCUAUAUGACAGUUGGUGCUGGAGGUAUGGCUUCACUGUGUUAUCCUAAGGAAGCAGAAGAAUACUUCAAUGAAGCUCUAGUUGAGGUCCGAAAGUAUGGUCUUAUAGGUCACCAUCUUGCUACUUCAAUUUUGGAUGAUUUACGUGGAUCAUCUGCAGAGUCUAAUGAUUCUCCCAGGGAUGGAAAGGAUAAGAAGUGAGACUAUUAACUGAUAGUGCUCCUUUUUUAGCGAUGGCUGUGUAAAAUUUCUAAGAACUCCUGCCUCCUGAUCCUGAUCUUUGUACUUCCUCCCAUCUCUAGAACCGUUCCUGACUAUUGUAAUACUUCUCAUGCCAUCCUCUCUCCUCUCCCCAGAUCCUUAAUGUCAGAUAUGGAGUCUUUUCUGGUCGCUUGUUGUUGUUUUGUUGUUGUCAUGUUCUUUCAGGUUUGCAGUGGUAUAUUAUUUAACUUGCAAAGACCAAAAUGUUGUUGGGUCAUUUCUUGAGACAGGACACUGCAGAAAACUAGUGAAUGAGGAGGCUGAAGGUCUUCAAUAUUUUCUAAGGUUCAUUUGUAAAAUAGUGUUUUUGUUUUACUGCCAAUAUUAGUCUUUUUCUGACGCUUUCUGAUCCUUGUGCUAAUUUUUUUUCAAUAAACUGUUGGAGAGAAUAAGUACCAAAGUGUAAA